GCGCGCCACUGGCCCGGCAGGCCGAAGCUCACUGCUCCCUGAGAUCCCGGCGCCUCGAUUCGAUCGGGAUCUCAGAUCUGUGUACCAGUCCAGCGACCAGGGUGAACUCGGCCAGAGCCGACGGCGGCGUGUUCUGCUGCUGGCCUCCCACCGCGUCUACCGUUCUGGCCGCUGGCGAGCCGUGGCCCGGCCACGCUGACGCGUCCGGGCUCCCUCGGUGGGGCUGGAGCAGCGGAUGCCCAGACUCGGAGACCAGUGCGGCUGGCGUGUGGGAUUUGAGCCUGAGGAGGCCUCUCCCGUGGCCUGGGCAGACGAGCCGCGGACGGGCGGGCCGGCCGGGGGGUGCGGCCCACCGCCGCUUUCUGGGGCCUUCGAAGCCGCUGAUCGCGCAGACGAAGAGCGCGUCGACGGCCUGAGCCCUCAGGGGCGCCGGGCCAGUCCGCGCACCGGUGCGCGAGCGCUCCGGGCGGCCCGGGGUUGGUUGGUCCGCCGCCGGGCGGGCGAUGGCGGAGCCGGCCGGGCGCGGGCGCGCUGGCGGGGAGAGCCGAGAGAGAAAGCAGGCGGUCUGGGAGUGGCC